AUGACAAGCUCUAUAUUCGAAACCCUGGGCGUCAGUAUGCUGGAGCACCACUGGACAACACUCUUAUCCUCUGCCGUUGUCUGCGGCAUCAUCGUCCAGCUCUCACAGGUCAUCUGCCCCAUUCUGUUUCCUGUCACCUACCCCAAGCUACAAGGAUCCAAGAAGCUAAACUGGGAUGUCCAUGUAGUGUCGACAGUCCAUGCUCUUACCAUUGUCUCCUUGGCGACCCCACUGUUCUGGAAUGAGAACCUGACACAGAACAGGAUCUUUGGAUACGAUUUCUAUGCUGGCCAGGUCUACGCCGUCUGUUGCGGAUACUUCUUAUGGGACACCAUCCACAGCAUCCGACAUAUCAAGGAUUUUGGCAUCGGUUUUGUCUUGCACGGAAUCUGCUCCUUCAGCGUCUUCAUCUUCAGCUUCAGACCAUUCUUGCAAUACUAUGGUAGCUACUACUUGAUGUUUGAGCUGAGCACACCCUUCCUUAACAUCCAUUGGUUCAUGGACAAGACAGGAUUGACAGGAUCGAUCUACCAAAAGAUUAACGGCUUAUUUUUGUUGACCGUGUUCUUCUGUGUGCGCAUCGUGUUUGGCGUCUACACAACCUACGAAUGCUUGAUGAGCGUGCUACCUGUCCUAGAUUUGGUCCCCAUGCACCUAAGAGUGGUCUAUACCAGUGCCAACGUUGCACUGAACUCGCUCAACGUGUUUUGGUUCUACAAGAUGGUCUCCUCCCUCGCAAGGCGGUUCUCGACACCCAAGCACGACGCGGCCAACAGAAAACGCGAGCAAUAA